AUGCCACAAAACAACGGACAAGUACCCACAAAACCAUACAACAGAGCUAAUGCUACGGAUAGUAAACGUUUGGAGAGUUUCCCGCAGAAGCCAGCGGUGGAAGAACGCGUCCCCGACUUGUUAGUGAACAGCGGCGAUUGCAGCAUAUGCUUCUCGUCUAGACUUAACGAUAAGCUGCCGGAGGUCAUUUGCAAGAAUAAGGUUUGCGAAAACUGCUACCACGUCGAGUGUUUGUACGAGUGGUUGAUGUCCGUGAAUGCGAGGCGGUUCUUCUCGGAUGUCGUCGGGUUGUGCCCGAAUUGCGAAAAGAAUAUCACCUGCCCGAUACCCAAAUAGCUGCACUCAAAUGUAUAUAUUUUUUCGUAUUUUUGUAAAUAAACGUUUUAAGUAGA